GAAGAAAACAAAGGAAAAUAAGGAUUAUACAUGGAAAAAAAAAGUUACGAGCUUCAGACUUCAUAUUCUAUUAUUCUCCCUCGCUUUCCCACACUUUUCUCAGCAUCCAAACAUCGCAUAGGUUUUUCGUCCAUCGAUUUUGUUCAGUAACGGCUUGUGCUUUUCGCCAUUUUUGUUUGGCAGAGAAUCCAGGGAUUUAUCUCAUGCUAGUUUGUUUGUGGCUGCAAAUCUUCGCCUGAUUCUAAUCUGCUACUCGAAUUCAUCCCUCGCCGAGAAAAUUUUUAGAUUUUUUUUCUUCGGAAGAAUACUUUUGCUGUUCGCUUUAUUACUAUUGCGGCGAUGGUGGAAGGGAAACUCUUCAAGACGAAGCUCUGCGCACUGUAUCAGAGAGGCAGGUGUUCGCGUCAGAGUUGCUCGUUCGCCCAUGGAGACGCGGAGCUUCGGCAUUUUUCUGGCUCUUUUCAUGGAAGGCGGGAGUUCGAAGAUGGUGACUUGAGGGAUAAGCUUGGCAGAAGGCAUUCUCCACGGAGAAUACAUUCACCAGUGAGAGAUGCAAGAGGGCGAAAUAUGGUUCGCGAAUAUUCCCGAUCUGGAUCCCUUGACAGUGAUAGAGAAAGUGACAGGAAACAUAAGAAAAAACAGCGGUUAGAUGGUCAAAGUGAUAUCUCUGGAAGUUUGAGAAUCUCAGAUGCUGCUGAACAUCAGGCUAAAGGGGGAAAAUUUACAACUGAUUCAAGAGUGGUUCUCGUGAAGCAGUUAAAGCAAGUGGAGCUAGAUAUUGAGAGGCUUGAUUACCAGAAAUCUCAACUUGGGGUCAAACUGGAGGAGAAGAUUCAAGAAGUUGACAGCCUUACUUCCAAAAUUCAGGAGCUUGAGGCUCAACUAUACAGAGAGAGAGAAGAAAAUAAAAGGAUGUUGUCCAAAAUCAACAAGUUUGUUAAGGCACAUAAUCGUUAUACACAGAUUCAAGAUGAGCUGAAGAGAUCAGAAGUUCGGCUUCAUAAGUUGGGAUAUGAGCUUGCCUCUGAUAUCAACAAAAUUGGUGCUAAUGAAGAGGAUUCAAGCAUAAAUAUUGUUAGUGAUGGAGAGGCUACCGGUUUUCCUGUCAGUGCACAUAAUGAGCAGCACAAUGGUGCCUUCCAAAGCAACGUGAGGCAGGACGUUAGUCAGUCUCUCAAAGAAUCAAAACAAGCUGAUUUAACAAAAGCACGUGUGGAUGCACCAGUCAGAUUGAAGAAAGUUUCUCGUUGGAAUAUUCCCGCUCAGUUAAAUUGCGAGAAGGAGAUUGAGGCAGUUGCCAGCAGAAAUGGACAGUCAAGCGCCCUUGGAAAUGAAGGCAAGCAUGAGAGCAGAAAGAUUGUCAAUGUCCUCUCUACGGAUAAGUUAAAGAGCUUGGAUUCAAGGCAUGUAUUGCCAUCGACCAGCAUGGCUGCCCAUGCAGUUGAUGAAGUUGAAAUUGAAUUGGAGGAUAAUAUUGGGGUGGUUGGUACUGCUUCUACAGGAGUUGAGAAUGAGACAAACGGCUUGCCACUUCCGCCACCUCUUCCGAUCUUGAAAAAUAGUUAUUCACAGUACGAGGGUGACGAUGAGAAUAUAGAUGUGGAUGUGGUCGAGGAGGAGAUCGAGCAGGUGGACAUCGUUUGAUAUUUGGGAUGGCGAUAGAAUUUUAAUGGUAUAUUUUGCUAGUCAUUUUAAAUUUUUAUAAUUUAGUAGAAAGUAUUGUUGGCCGAGGAUGUACAGAUAAGUUGGGCUUAGUAAGAUGGAUUUUUUUUUUAAUUUUUAUUUAUUUUUUUAUUUUUUUACAGUUAGCCAGCUGACUUUCCCUGCAAUCAUAUUACCCAUUUUCUCUUUUCUUUUUGGUAAUGGAAUUUAAUUUUGCUUCUUCACGAAUU